AUGGUGGUGCGGGGUCAGCGCUGCGCGCUUUCGAGGCUCUCUCUGCUCAUGGCCUCGUGCUUUCCCACAACUAGGAAGCAAGUCCGCACCUGCCUCAUCAUGAACACCAUAUCAUCUGCUGGGCCUUCGAACCCUUCAAACACUUCAAAUAAGCGCAAGCGUCUCUCUACGGCCUGUGACCGUUGUCGCCAGCGUAAAAUCAAGUGCGACGACGCGUUGCCUGUCUGCACCAAUUGCCUCAGAGGCGACGCCGAAUGCGUGACAAGAAAUCUUCGUCAACCUCACAUACAGGCCCAGCGCACCGAGGCUCGUGGCAGUCGGAAGAAACGAGUCGGGCGUCAAACCACUAGCCCACGGGUCAAUGGUUCAGACUUGCGAGUAUUGCACGAUGCAGCGAGCUUCGAAGAUCAGGCCAGCGCACAAGCAAUUGGAUCUCUGAGACACCCAACCUCUCAAACCUCAAGGAGAUACUCGACUCCUCAACAUCGACCAGCUGACGCACCAGUAUCGGACACCAUCGACGCUGUUGCUCUGCCGGAUGCUGAUGAUACAGACAGCUUAAUGGCCGGUCCUUUACCGUCGAUACCACGAUUCGGAUCUGGUAACAGUUUGCUCGUCCUCACUCAGUGGCUUGAUCUUGCAUUUGCUCGCCUGAAUUUUGCCGAUCGAUUCUCCUGGCAGUAUAGGAUCAACCCGCGAAGACCACAUUCCCGUAUCUCCAAUCGGCCUCGCAACCAGCAUGACUGGGGACUUUCCUGGUCUGAUACUGACAAAGAGAGCCUGGACAGGUAUAUGGCCACCGUCAACCAGGUAUUUCCGAUGAUCAAUCCAAGACAUUCCCGCACUAUGGCUCCGAGGUCGCUCAAUGCCGAUUGUGAUAUAGAGGACCUGUUCUACUUUACCGCGACCGCAGUUGGCUCGCCCUUGGCUUAUUUUGCAUCCGAAUCGAGUCAAUGUCUACAUAUCGUUGAUCUCGCGCUCUCGCGUAUCUUGGAUCUGAUGCAGAGCGAAAGUAACUACGCAGUAGGCACUUUGAUCCUAUUGUCGCUUCUCUUCCGUGCUCGAGACGAGUCUGAUAUGGCUUGGCACAUGUUGAGUAGUGCCGUGGCGCGAGCGCAAGCUAUCGGGCUCGAUCGACGAAUCCCAUUUUCUCGUAAAGCAGAUGUGGAAAAGAUCCGAGACCAAAGAAUCAACAUGUGGUGGUCCCUGUUCAUACUGGAUAAAAUACUUGCUGUGGAAGUUCAGCGCCCGCCGAUGAUACGACACUGUCUAUACGAUCAGGAAAUGCCUUUACAAAAUGCUCAGGGUCAAGUUCAGGAAUCGUUGCAAUCAUGCUUCCUCGCCAUGAUCGCCCUGUCUAAGAUACAAGAGCGAGUUUCUGGAUCUCUGCUUGAAUGUUCUCAAGCAGAAUCAUCUGGUCGUACCACUGUUGAUUGGGCUAUCAACGAGAAGAUCCGGAUCUCAGGCGAGCUUGAUCAGCUGUUGAGGUCUUGGGUUGACAGAUUGCCGUAUGACCUGAAGCCAUCGGAGUAUCCUUCUUGUGAUAGUGAAGUCCUACCUGCAGUGUCUUUCCUUGCAUUGCAGUAUUAUCAGACCCUUUUCCUCAUACACCGCAAUGCGUUGGUCAUCAGUGCGCAAGCCAUCAAAGCAAGAGUUGACUUACACUAUUCUUCAGCCACGUGGCGACAUCGAAUACUGAAAGGUGCUAGUCUCUGUGGAAGCAUCGCACGCUCGAUGAUUGAUGUGCUUGAUAAGUUAUCUGAGUACCACGCGUACUCCAUCUUGAACUCGAUCUACGCUCCGUUGAUUUCAAUCUAUACACUGGCCAUCGUAAUUGUCAAAGCACCAUCAAGCGAGAGUGCUCGGAUCGACCUCGAGAUUCAAGCUAGCGCAAUUCGGAUGCUUGAACGUCUACAUCCUAUGGAAGGAACAAGCGCACCUAGUGUCUACAGCGUGAUCAAAGCUUUACACUCUCGGGUCGCGCGUCGAGUGAGUGACAGGACUAAUGUCUCGCCAUUCACGACACGCGAAGCCUCUGCACCAGCGCGAUCUGCCGUCGACAUCAACGUUCCUGAUUCCCUGCACUUAAGUCUAUGCGUGACCGGGUGCUUUCCCGAAAGCACCGACCCGGAGACGUACACGCGAGGAGACACACGUUUGCCAGGUCAAGAUACGACGUUGCCCUAUGACUUCUUCAAUCUACCACUGGAUCUGGAUGGAAUGAAUCUCGACGCGUUUGCACAAGCAUUUGACUUGCCGUCUUGA